GGAAUUCACCAUAUUUGACAUUUUUAGCAAGUUUCUUUUUGGUUGUUUCGUUGAUAGUUUUUUAGUUAAAAUUCGCAUUAACCUUGCCAAUCUUGUUUUUAGUUAAUUAGUUAAUUUUAUUAACGGCGGCAUAUUUGCCUAUUAUUUUUUUUUUUUGAGUCAAUUCAUGGCCAAGGAUCAGUAUAGUACUCAGUACAAGUGUGUUGGUCGAACGAAAAAAACAUCAUUGAAACAAUAAGCAAUAAACGUUUACUGGUGCAAUGAUAAUCAAAGAGCAAAAUUAAUUCUAAUGGAAUAAACAUGUUUUCGUAAGAUAACGACAGUUCCUCGCUCGGACACUUUACUUUGUUUUGUGGAGGUGCGAGCUGAUGAAUUUCGAAUUUUGAGGGUUUCGGGAAAAAUGGAUCCCACGCAGUCAUCCAAAAUGGACAAGGGCCUCUACAAAGAGAUGAACUUUGACAGCAACGACGAAAUUGAAAGUGCCAAGAUGACGUUCAGUGAUUUUAACAGUGUUAAGUGCUCCAGCAGUCCUGUUAGUGAGCUCUUCAGGAGAAGCGAAAGUCCCAGUUUUUUCAGCAGGAACAAGAAGUACUCAGAGAAUGAGUAUGAUUCGUAUGAGGAUUCCUUACCUUCAAGAAAAGACUCUCCCUUAAGUCGCACGUGUGCAGGUGGAGACACGAGCUCCCCUGGGGGUUCCCCAAGGCCCCGUGCCCCAACACCCGGAGCUGUGGCAGGCCUUGACCUUUUGCCGUUGUCUUCCAACGAUGAAAUCACUAGGAGGCGAGAACAAGCUCUUCGUCAACAUUCGUUUUUUCAGCUUCGUGUUCAUCUUCGCAGGGGACACAGGCUGGUCGCCAUGGAUAAAAAUGGACUAAGUGAUCCUUACGUGAAAUUCAAGUGUGGUGGACGUUUAGUGUACAAAUCAAGGACAGUGUAUCGCGAUUUAAAUCCUUUGUGGGAUGAAAGUUUCACGGUGCCUAUAGAGGAUCCAUUUCUUCCAAUUUCAAUUAAAGUGUUUGAUUAUGACUGGGGAUUGCAGGACGACUUUAUGGGUUCAGCUACUUUGGAUCUAACAGCAUUGGAUUUAAACCGAGCGAUAGACGUAACGCUAUCCUUGCAAGACCCAGCAAGACCUGAUGCUUCCUUGGGAGACAUCCUCUUGUCCGUAACGCUUCAUCCAAAAACCCAAGAGGAUAAAGAACAGUACUUCCAAAGAAACAGUAGAAUACAGGACGUAAACAAACGACUGAAAUCGCAAAUAUGGAGUUCUGUGGUAACGAUAGUUCUAGUGGAGGGAAAAAAUCUCUUGGCUUGUGAUCCCGAGACGGGAACUUCUGAUCCAUACGUUAAGUUUAGAUUGGGCAACGAAAAGUACAAAAGUAGAAUAGUCUGGCGGUCUCUGAAUCCUCGUUGGAUAGAGCAGUUGGAUUUGCAUCUAUAUGACGAUGGCGACCAACAAUUGGAAAUCACUGUGUGGGACAAGGAUAGAUCCAGAGAUGAUUUUAUUGGAAGGACAGGUAUUAAUUUGGCGGGUCUGGAGCGUGAAAAAACUCACAGCUUGUGGAAAGAACUGGAAGAUGGAGCUGGAUCUCUGCAUUUGCUUCUCACCAUCAGCGGAACAACUGCCUCUGAAACGAUAUCGGAUCUGACGACAUACGAAGAAAAUCCAAGGGAAAAAGAAAUCUUAGAAAGCCGAUACCUGUGGCAUCGAACCUUCCACAACUUGAAGGACGUCGGCCAUUUAACCGUGAAAGUGUUCAAGGCCACAGGCCUGGCGGCGGCGGAUUUAGGCGGCAAAAGCGACCCAUUUGUGGUUCUCGAGCUUGGUAAUGCGAGGUUACAAACGCAGACAGAAUACAAAACCUUAUCUCCGCAAUGGAACAAGAUAUUCACGUUCAACGUGAAAGACAUCAACAACGUGCUAGAGGUGACUGUGUUUGACGAAGACCGCGACCACAAAGUUGAGUUUUUGGGGAAGGUAGCCAUACCUUUGUUGAGGAUACGGAAUGGGGAAAGGAGAUGGUACGCGUUGAAGGACAAAAAGUUGCGUAGCAGAGCCAAAGGUAAUGGCCCACAGAUUCUGUUGGAGUUGAAUGUUGUGUGGAAUCCCAUCAGGGCUUGCAUAAGGACUUUGAAUCCCAAGGAAGAGAAAUACAUGCAGACGGAGGUCAAAUUUAAGCGGCAAGUUUUCGUGAAGAAUGUUUUAAGACUGAAGGUGUUCGUUCUUUAUUUCUACGAAGUAGGGAAAGUGUUUCAAAAUUGCUUCGAAUGGGAGUCCAAAAUCCAAAGUUUCGCGGCAUUAUUGCUAUGGCUGGUACUGUGUUACUACUUCGAAAUGUGGAUGUUGCCAGUCGGUGGUCUUUUACUGUUCUUAAAACAAUACGUGGUUAGAGCCUUGGCUGGACCAACAGCUGUACCAUGGGAUGAAGUUGCUGACUCAGAUAUGGACGAUGAAGACGACGACGAUAAAGAAAAAGAAGAGAAGAAAAGUCUAAAGGAACGCCUACAAGCCAUUCAAGAAGUAACGCAAGGUGUACAAAAUGCCAUAGGAAAAAUUGCGUCACUUCUGGAAAGCGUAAAAAACACCUUUAAUUUCACGGUACCCUACCUGUCCUGGAUAGCCAUCAGUCUGCUGAUGAUAGCCAGCGUGGUGCUGUAUUUGAUCCCGGUUCGAUUCCUGCUGAUGAUGUGGGGUACCAACAAGUUCCUGCGAAGGGUCCUGCGACCCCAUGCGGUACCCAACAACGAGCUUCUUGACCUGCUUUCCAGGAUUCCAGACGACGAAAUGCUGAUGUACAUAAAAUUGCUGGCGGUUAGUUUGUCCACCCAUCUGGGUAGGAUGUCGAUUUUACGUUGGUACUUGCAGCUGGACUACAAAGACCUGAAGAUCUUGAUGAGCAUGAUGGAGUCGGAGGGUAGGCCUGGAAAAAGGGAGCCAAAGAAAAAGCACAAAACUUCCUAGUGGAUGAUCCCUUGGGGUGGUGUUAAAGAUAGAUGGAAAGGGCGUUUGGAAAAAAUUAAAGAAAAGUCUGAUUAAACACUUUUUACCUAUUACACAAUCUAAAUGUUGUUCAUUAUUAGAGUUAAAUCGGUUAGGGUAACAACCUUUUGCAGUUAUCAAAAUCAAACUAGGUAUACUUUUCCAUACUUAAAAAACUUUGGUGAUAUGUUAAACAAAUAUUGGAAAUAUUUCCCAAACCCAAAACAAAACAUAAAGUAAUAUUUACUAUGCUACUAUGCUCCACACCUCAAAGUCCCACCACGUGACCACGUACGGAACGCAGUCUUUUGAAAAUUUGGCAUUU